AUGUUGGAGACCAUUGGAGGCGUUGAAACCACUGGGUACAAAAAAUGUAAAAACCUUGCUUCUUUCGAAGCGUCUGGGAAGGAGGUGUGGCUGAUAAGAGCACCUCGCAAGCUGGACCUCAGCCAGAUCAAAACGCUGCCGGUUGAUUUCACAGGUGAGAACCAUGCAACGUUCGAAAACAGAGGGCUCAAUUUCGAGGUACGUGAAGAUUUAUAUGAUGACGGUUCUGGCUUGUCUGUGCUGGUGCCAGCCGAUAAACGGACCUUGGUAAGUGGUACCAAAGUUGACCGUCUAUUUACCAUCAGUGAGACCGUUGACCUCGCUCAAAAGGCCGAGAAUGGGAAGCGCAAGGCACUAGAGGCUGACGCGGAGGCCGACGCUCCUGCGGAACGCAAAAAGCAUAAGAAGGACAAGAAGGAAAGAAAGGAAAGCAAGGACAAGAAGGACAAGAAGGAUAAGAAGGAGAAAAAACACAAGCAUAAGUGA